AUGUCCAGGGAUUUUGCCUUGUCGUCUGUGUCCGGCGUGUCGAGUGCCUCCGUGGUUUCGCUCCUCUCCCACCUGCUCACCACUUCUUCCCCGAUCAUCGAUCCCUGUCCUCUUUGCCCGGUGUUGCCCGAACUGGAUUGGGCUUCGUUCUUCUUGGGCCUGGGCUUUGGGGCUCGUAUCGACCGCUUGGAGAGGGUCGUCGAGCAGCUCCAAGGUGAGGUGCAGGUGCUCCGCGAGGCGCUGGGCCUUGAUCCCGAGGAGUUCGAGGUAGUUGCUCCGAGUCCGCUUCCUACGCGGCAAGCUUCCUACUCAGGCACUCCCGUUGCGACCCCCACUCGCGCUCGAACCGCCAGCUCUUGGAACGUGGACCCCUUGCAGGCCCCUGUGGCCCCUGCGGCUCCCGUUCGCGGAGAGUCUUCUGUGCCGAGCCUGCCGCGUUCUGAGAGGGACAGCGCUUGCAGGGAGAUCGGGCUGUGGAUUAUUCGGGCCUUGGCUGGGGACCACCGUGGGGCCUCUGGGCGAGACCGCAUAUCACAGUCUUCGAGGUUCUGGAUCGUCUUCAGGGACUUCUCGGGAGGCGACUGCACACCUCCGCGAGCAUACUCCACUUUCGCCGCGGCCAAGGCGGAGUGCAAGCGGGGAGCUGAUUGUGGGCAAAGCGUUUUCAUCGGGCUCCCAGCCCGUGCCGACGUGGAGGCGGUCUGUGCUGCGGCCGGCUUCCCUAGCGCCGAGGCCGACGGCGAGCCUUUGGAAGUGAAGGACCUGGCUGUGCUUCAGCCGGGCGGGGUCGACGAGGAAUUUGUGGCCGGCCUCCUUCCGCUGGCGGUGCCCGCUGACGGGUCGCAAACAUGCGAGAUUGUGAUUGUGAGCGAAGCAGACGGCCGGUUCGUGGUUGCAGUGCCGUCAGCUGUCUGGUCGCGCAAGUUGGCCGGGCGCCGGCUGACCAAGGGUGGGCUUACUCGGGCUUCUCAUCUCGAGAUCGCUGCGGUGUCGGCGGAGGACCGGCACGUCGUGAUGGAUGGUGCCUCCGUCAAGGUGUGGGUAGGCCUCCUCGAGGCAGCUCUGGUGCCGCGGCUUUCCUUCGAAAGCGGAGACAACCCCGACGAGGCCUUCGGCCAGGAUUCUCAUGGCGUCGGCCUGCUGCCUCAUGGGCCGUCUCUGGUUCGAGCUGUGCAGGAGCUGCCUGGGCUCACCUCCUACGCGUCAGCGGAGUCUGGCGUUCCCGAGGGCGACGGCGGCGGUGCAUUGGACUCUCGAGUCGAUCGGCUGGAGGCCGCUAUGAGCAAGGUCGCUGCUGGGAUGAAGGUUUUGCUGGAGCAGCGCGGGCCUGGGAAUGGACAGCCAAGCGCGCAGGCCACUACUACACUGGGCGGUGGCGCUCUUGGGCAGAGGGCCAAAGCCAGGGCUGCACCAGCCGGCGCCGGGCGAGCGGAUGCCUUUGUUCAUCUGGAUGCGAGCGUUGCUCAAGCUGCCCUCGACGCAGGCGUGAGCAGGCAGUCCUUGGCAGAGAUGGACCGGUUGGUGGGCGGCUCUGGUGCAAAGCCUCCACGCAACCUCGGCGCUGUACCUUUGGUGGCCGACCCUUUGUCAGAGUCCGAAGGGGAUCGAGAGCCGGAGCCGCCGACCACCGCGGACGGGCGGAAGAAGCCGCCUCUCGAUCAGGUCGGGGAGGCCUUGGUGCGUCUGACGCAAGUCGUGGAGACACUGGCUGGGCAGAAGAAAAAGACCCCGGCUACUCUGGAUGGCUUGCUGGACGCCGCAGGCCCAAGCGCGUCUGGCGGUGCCGACUCCGGGCCCUCUCUGCGGCGCAAUGCGGCGGCGAGGCGGGCACUGCGGGCCGCUCUGCAGGACAACCCCUCGCUGCUCUCUGCCACCGUGGAGAACCUGAUGAGGGAAGACCUCCACAGCAUGCAGACGCCCGGCUUCGAGAUCACUCCCAGUGCGAGGGCUUGGCUGGAGCACAGGAGCCGCAUAGGAUCCCAUCAGACCCUGGCCAGGACUUCGUGGGCAGUGGCUGGGGCUUUGGACGCGGCGAGGAGGAAGGCCUUCGAGGAGUGCGAGGCCCGACUCAAUGUCCUGAUGGUCUGCAUGGAUCAGGUCGCCACCGACCACGGCAACUGGACUCUUGCCAACGAGCUGACUUUGGAGAGCCCGUGCCCGAUCCAUGCGUUCAAGGCUCACGAAGCGAGGGACCGCGACAGCGACCAAGUGUGGUCCAGGAUCCUAGACGGAAGGUGGGCGGAGGUCGCUCUCCAUCACCUUCGGGAUCAAUCCGACUUCCUGGAAAAACGGGCGCGGCUCAACCGACGGGGCGGCCCGUCCGGAGCAGCGGAGGAGCAGGACCACACCAAGGACGACGGCAAGGACAAGGGCAAAGGCCAUGGCGCUUUUGCUGCAUACCUUCGCACCACGAUUCGCGAUGGCAACGUGCCGCCGCACACUUCUCAGAUGUGGCCCUGUCCCCCUCCUUACCCCGAGGUCUUCAGGUGCACCGCCGGUGUCCCACUUCGUUGGCGCAGGGUGCAAACUUGCUUAAUCGUGAUUUUGCUCUCCUGGCUCCACCUUGGGGGCCCUUCGGAAUGCCCGGCCUCAUGCCGCCUUGGAGGGCGACUCAGCCGAAUGCAAUGGCGGAUGGUCCGAACCAUCGAGGGCCUUUCCUGGGACAGUGAUUUUUCCGAUCCCAUCGCCGCCGCCGACAUGGGCCGGGCCGCCUCGAAAGUCGAGGACCAGCACAGACUGCUCGGUGCUUUGUCGCGUGCCGCGGCUGCUUUCUCCAUGCCAGGUUACACUAGGUUCUCCAGCGCCCUUUUUCAAGGUUUCAAGGCAGCAGGAGCACAGCACGUAACACCUUUGGCGCCUAGGUUUGGCAAAGUUGUGGGAGCCCUCAAGCGUGCCGAGGUGAUCGCUGCAAAGACCAUCGAGGCUGACCGCCUGACUUUUCCCGGGCCUCCCCGCUUCAAUCCUAGCCCCUUUCUCGACUCUCCUACCAGACGGCGCUUUGAGAAUCCGUCUUCCUUUGCCGCCGCGCCUGACACAGCCAACCGGCCUCCUCCUCGUGUGCGAGUGCUCGCCUCCCGAGCCCAGCGCCUCGAGCUCUUCCGGAAACUCGCCGAGUCCGGCAGGCUCGCUCCAGUUCGCGUCGCAGCCGAGCGGCUUCCUUAUGCUGGGGGGCUGUUCAGCGUGAUCAAGGACUUGGCCCGCGACCGGCUGAUUCUUGACUGCAGGCCUGCCAACUGCCUCGAAAGCCCACCCUCCAAAUGGACCAGUUCCUUGGCUGGGCCUGAGUGUCUGUUGCAGCUUGUGAUUCAGCCGAGCGAGUGCAUCCGGGUGUCCAGCGCCGACCUGCGUGACUACUUCUACUUGUUUGAAGCCACGCCUGACCGGCUCCAGCGCAACCUCCUUCGGGGCUCCCUCACCAAGGCCGAGGCCCGCUGGGUGUUCGGGCGCGAUUGCUCACAGCUUGCGGAUCGUGGGCGAGUGCGGGUUGCCAUCGCCACGCUUGGGAUGGGCGAUUGCUCUGCUUGCGAGUACGCUCAGGCUGCUCACAUAGGCGUGUUGCGGUACUAUGGCUUGCUCUCCGGGGAAGACCUUGUGCUGCCGGGCCGCCCCUUCCCCCGAUCCGUGCUCUCGGUGGGCGUUGUGAUCGAUGACCUUGUGCUGCUCGAGCGCUGUGUCCGGGGCUCGCCUUCUGGCCGCUCUGACUCUCUCGGAGUGCAGAAACUGAACUCGGUCCACGCCGCCUACGAGGCUGCGCUGCUGGAAGCCAACCCGAAGAAAGGUGUCCGGGACGCCGCUGCUGCGACCUUUUGGGGAGCAAAGCUUUGCGGCGACACCGGCCUGCUCCGGCCGAGCCCCUCCCGUGUGUGGCCGCUCGCCUUCAUCACAGCCAGGGUUGCCACUUUAGGCUUAGUGACUAGGUCCCUCUUAGAGAGUUUGGUGGGUUCCUGGACGGCCGUCUUCUUGGUGCGCCGGCGCACCUUGUGCCUGCUGGACGUUGCUUUUGAGGCGCUGCGUGCCACCCGUGUUGGCGACGUGAUUCGGCUCAGCCCUGCCUUGGCCGACGAGCUUUGGUCUUGGGUGUUGGUUGCUCCGGUCUGUGUGGCCAACUUGCGGGCCCAGGUGUGCGACGUGUUCUUCACCACCGAUGCGUCCGACCACAAGAUUGCUUGCGCCUCGGCCUUGGUCCCUUCUGCGGUCGCUGAAGAGGCCUACCGGCACACUCUUGUGAAGGGCGCUUGGAGCAGGCUGCUGCCACCGAGCCAAGCCUGGCUGAGAGCCAAAGGUUUUCUUGAGCCCUCUGCCGAGCUGCCCGACGGCAAACCUUACACGCCGUACCCUUUGUGGCGUGCGCUGGCCCGCUCGCUCACCUUCCGGACAGCUUGGGUCGUUCCUGGGGCCCUCGGCCAACACAUCAACAUCAAGGAGUUGCGGGGGCUUCUGGAGCUCGAGAGGCGGACCGCUCGUGUGAUGUCGUCCGCUCGGCUCCUCGUGGGUCUCGACUCGCAGGUCGCUCUGGGUGCUGCGUUGAAAGGCCGGUCGGCUUCUGCUGGACUGAACUCGCUUCUGAAGCGAUCGCUCGCCACCAUGGUUGGAGGAGACUUGUAUCUCGGUCUGGCGUUCUUGGCUUCCGGCGACAACCCGUCCGAUGACGGGACUCGCGACCGGGCCGUGCGUGCCCCUAGCGAGCCAUUGCCUUCUUGGUUCGGCCGCCUUGCACGGGGAGAUCCUGGCCCUCUGCAGGAAUGGCUGGCUUUGCAGCCCGAGGUGCGCGCCAGCAAGAGUACCGAGACCUUCGGGCCGGGAACAGUUGAUGCUCUGCCUACGGUGGCCUCUGAUCCGAAGAGCAGCCCUUGCCAUGUGCUGCUGCCGCGGCCUCCGCCGAGCCACUUGGGUCUCAGGUCAGGCCGAGCCCAGCGAGCCCGCCGCAACCGAGCAAGGCGUGCUGCCGAACUCCCAAAGGCGGCGCCGAGGACGCUUCUCCCGAGUCUAGACUGUGCCUCUUCCGCCCUUGCUUUGCUCCAGGGCCUCCCGCGUGACUUCUUUGUGCCUGCUCGCGGCCCUUUGGACUUCACUAGAAAGGGAGCCCUGGACUUGUUCUCUGGCACGGCCGGUGUGGCCCGGUCCCUCGUGCGCCAUGGGGCGCCUUGGGUCCUUUGUCUCGACGUGGUGCGCGGGUCAGCUCAGGACCUGGAUGACCCUCGCCUCCAGCGUGUGAUCGAGGCCUUGAUUCGGGCUGCAGUUUUCCUCUCCUUUGGGGCUUCUCCCCCUUGCUCUUCUUUCUCCCGUGCUGUGCACCCGCCGUUCCGAAGCCUUGCUUUCCCUCGAGGCUUGCCCCACUUAGGCGCUGCUGCCUUCGAAAAGGUGACCAGAGGGAACAGGCAAGCUGAUUGGACGGCCCAUGCUUUGGCCUUGUUUCGUGGCCGCUCUUCGGGCCAUUUCUGGUUGGAAGGACCGGAUGGCUCUUUCAUGUGGAACCUUCCUAGUUACAGUGAGUUUUCUGCUGCCAGUGCAGGUAGCGUGUGCCGGCUCGACCAGUGCCGGUUCGGGACCGCUUGGCGCAAGAGGACGCGGUUUUGCGUCAACGGUGCUCUUGCGGGAGCCCGGUUGCUGUGUCAGUGCAAAGGGUCGCACCUCGUGUUGAGAGGCCGCUCCGCCGAGCACGGCCGUUCCUGGACUUCUGUGGCCCAAGCCUAUCCUCGCCUCCUGGCCGAAUUCCUUGGGACCUGUGCCGCUGUGCAUGCCGGGUGGAGCCGUGCCGCUCCCCGGGUUGGCGGAAUCCCUCUUUCUGCCUGCCUUGCCGGCUCUCCUUCCGGCCGCCUUGGUGAAGCUUCUCACCCUGGGCCCCGCCGGCCCCUGCGACCUCGCGACUCCACUUUGGGUUUGGAGGACCGUCCUCUUCAGAGCGCCAAUGCGCUCGAACUCGGCCGCCGCGGGUGGGAGCGCUUCCUGCUUUGGGUUGAACCGUCUCUGUCUGAGCCGUGUCUGGUCGUCUUCGCUAGGUGCCCCGCUUUACUCGCCAUGGCCCUCCGCGCUUAUGGGAACUGGCUCUAUAAGUCUGGAGGAAGCAUCCACGAGCUUCGGCACACGUUGCUGGGGGCUCAAAGGAGCUUCGCUGGCUUAAAGCCCUGGGCCCCGACUGCUUGGGAACUGGUGUCGCGAUGGGAAGCCGCCGAGCCGACAGAGCACCGGAUCCCGAUCCCUGAGCCCGUGCUGAAGGCGUUGGUGGCACUAGCCUGGUUAGCUGGCUUCAAGCUCUUCGCUGGUGUUACUGUCUUGAGUUUUUACGGACUGGGCCGGAUUGGGGAGGUCCUCCCGACUCUUCGGUCGGAUCUCCUCCUUCCGAGCGACGACUGGUGGUCCUCAACACGGGCUGCCUUCCUCUGCCUGCGGGCCUCGAAAACGAUGCUGCGACGACGCUCUCGCGUGCAGCACAUCAAGAUCGAGGACCCCAAGGCGGUAGCUUUGCUGGAAGCCGUGUUUCGCGAUCUGCCUAAAGGUGAUAGGCUUUACCCGCUGACCCCUGGCGCCUACCGGUACCGCUGGAACAAGCUCAUGGAGCAGCUGUCGGUUCCAAAACACGCUCGGCUUACCCCUGGGGGACUUCGUGGUGGAGGAGCCGUGUUCUCCUACCGGAGCGGCGUGCCGAUUCAGGAGAUCCAGUGGCGUAUGAGGCUGAAAAACCUUCAGACUUUGGAGUUCUACCUGCAGGAGGUGGGAGCCGUCUCCGCCCUGACUUCCUUGCACGAUACUUGUGCCCGGAAGAUCAAGGCGGCGGGCUCACUCUAUACUCACUUUAUGGUGGAGUACGGCAUGUCUGCCUACGGUGGCUAUGGCUCUGGUUCGGAGCGCUUCGUCAAGACGCUCCGCUUUUCUGCAGCCGGGUACGGCAUGUCUGCCUACGGUGGCUAUGGCUCUGGUUCGGAGCGCUUCGUCAAGACGCUCCGCUUUUCUGCAGCCGGGGCAUAUGGACUCCGGAAGAUCACCGGAACCACGUACUGGCCGUAUGGCACGGGGCGAGACUGGUUCUUCGUUGGGGACCUGGAUUACAUGCACGGUCGGCGUACACCGAAGGUCGAAGUGCGGGAGAGGUUUGAGAAGCUGACGCCUCCGUUGAGGAAAAAGCGAGGCCACCCGCAAGACAUGGUUUUCAGCCAGGCUUCUAUCCGCAGCAUGAGGAGCACCGUGGGCGUGCCCUCUGUUCCAGGCGUCUUCGGUGGCAAGUCACAGCAGCCCCGGCUGUCCAUACAGACAUUGGAGCGCUGGAGGAGCCUGAAUGACGCCACCUUCGGAGAUAUGACUGGAGGAGGAGAGCUGGAACGAUGGAGGCAUCAGGAAUCGGCGGCCAGGGCAGCUGCUUCGGGCCAAGCGUGCAGUCGUUCAAGAAAGAGCUUGCUUGCAGUCGUUGGUUCGGUUCAACAUAGACAUCUUUCAGACUUGACGUUCUCAGCCAAAGCUGAGUUCUUGUUUAGGGAAGUGCCAAGGACGACCGGAUUCGAUCCAGCUGCUCUGCUUCGCUCCAUGCGUCCAACAAGCCCAGUCCUCGGGCCUCUCUCACUCCAAGAGUGA